UCGAUACCCCAAGUUGCUACCCCCUCCCAGUUGACUUUCCAUUGCUCCGGCCCAAGCCGACAACUCAGUUCGCUCGGUUGCCCCGCCGACGUGAACGGACCAUACCUCUCAUCUACUCCAUGUCCGCAUACCUGCCCGUUGGUUGGCUGUCGGUCUCAGGGUGGAGUCGGGCGAGGGCUGUCAGUAGAGUUCACAAGCUUGACAGACCGUGACCACCAUCGACACAUCAGGGAGUCAAAUGACCCAGCCACCGUUCAAUGGAUCAAUAGCGUCUGUAUGACGACGACUCGUGAUGCGGAGAUAUCACUUCUUCGUCCGGAGUGUACUGCCCGAUCGACACAGCAGUGUGCUGGGAGCACUGUUGUUGGGGGCGAUUUGCAGUGGGCCAGCCUAGCCGAGGCAACGUCAGACUCGGAUUCUUCUCAUCAGAAUGAUGAAAGUACGCUUUUCCUGCCCAAUUGA